UCCUUGGCUUCUGCGGAACGACUCACCCACACCAUGGGCAAUUUGGUCAGCAGACCCAGCUGCUUGGGGGAAAAGAGCAGAAAGUCUGAGAAGCUUCUUAAGGAGUGCUGUCUGAAGAAGGAGACAGUGGUUGACAUUACAAGCCUUAGGAAUAACGCAGAGAUCUGCACAAGCUCAGGGGAAAAGAAACAGAAUGAACUGGUGAUCGAAAAAGAGUUAAAUGUCACACCUACGUCUUGUAAGAGCUCAAGGAACGAGCCUCUGCCUAAGCAGAACAACACUGAAGCCAAGAUCCAGAAUGGGGCAGUCAGAACCCAAUCGCCCAAAUCCACUCCAGACCAUGUGGCAAAUGUCUGGACUCCACAAAGGGGGACACUGCAAAGAGCAUCUGGGAGUAGUUGGUCAUGGAAGCCUUAUGCCACCAAAGAGGUGACAGAAGUGACAGAGGUGACAGAAACCGUUGUCACAGAGAUUGUGGAGGUUACUCAGUACCCGUCAGGUGACAAGAGUGGGGAGCCUAUUGUCACCAGGACUGUGAAGGUGCUAACAGGAUGUGCAGGGGAGAUGUCCGAGGUGCAGUCCAGCAGAGAGGUACAGACAGAAUCUCAGUAUCGAAUGGGCCAAUGGGACUCCUUCAGCCAUACAAUUGCUCAGCGAGCUCUCACAUUGCCAGAGGAUUGGCAGAGCUCAGAGCCCCAAGAGUCAUUGGAAACUAUCUUGACAUGGAUAACAGAUAUGGAAGAGCUUACUGAGGUCCAGAAAUCUCCAUCAUCUGAAGCCAAAGUUGUCAAAGCUCAGCUUCAGGAGCAGAAGCUUCUCCAACGGCUGUUAGAGGAGAGGAGGCCCAAGAUAGAGAGAGUUCUACAUGACAAGAAGUCACCAUCGCAGCCUCUUCCUAUUGAGGGUGUAGAAGCAAAGCAACUAGUCAAUCCACUCUCACACCUUCAGGAGCGAUUUGAUACACUCAUCCAAAAGGCAGAGGCCAGGCAUCGUCACUUGGAGCAGAUUGUUCCAGCCGCACAAAGAUUUCAGGAAGCACUAGAUGCCUUCCAAGACUGGGUUAAUGCCACAGAGAGACAGCUGGCCGAACUCUGGAGAGCCAAAGGGUCUAUGAGUCAAAUUGAGAAUGUUCACCAGCAGGUCCAGCUUCUGUGUCAGGAAAUUCAGUCUAAGCCAGGAGAUUUGGAAGAUGUUCUGGAGAGAGGCCAGAUGUUGCUGGAAAUGGUGGCAGGAGAGGAAGCUCAGCUGAGUCAGGAGAAGAUGGAUGCUCUGAGGGUGCGAUACUUAAUUAUAUCACAGAGCACAGGGGAUAUCCUGCUGAGACUGGAGCAGACACUGGAAGCCACAUCACGACUUGACCCUUCACAGGAAGAUGUGUCCCUCUGGCUGGGACGUAUGGAGAAGCUGGUGUCUUCCUGCAGCAGUGAGAGGGAAGAACUGACCUUAACUGACACUGAGAAGGUGUGA